AUGCCGCUGGAAAACCGCGUGAUUUUCGGGCGUGACACGCUUCUCAUCGGCGUCUUCACCCUCUCUUGCUUGCUGCUUGAGCUGCCGCUGCUACAUCCGCAUGACCGGCCCAUUCCAAUGCAGGUUGUGACUCUCAGCAAUGGCACCUCUGUGGUGCUAAAAGAGCUCAGCUUGGACAACCCAUACAUCCCCUCCCAUCAGCAGAUAUGUCCAACAGCGCUUCUGGUUGCGUUGUGCCUGCUGGUGCCGCUUGGGGUGCUUGGAGCCGUGACGUAUUGGGCACCAAAGCCUGGAGAAGCCGCCUCGUUUUUGAGGGGCUUCAUGCUGACCGUGGCCUGCACGGUUUUUCUGACUGACUUGCUCAAAAACUACAUUGGCUACUGGCGGCCCUACUUUUAUGACGAGUGCGGCUUUGACCCCGUGACGCGUGCGUGCACGCUUCCUGCAGGCACCGCUCAAGCUCAUAAAUCCUUCCCAUCUGGCCACGCCAGCCUGUCGUUUUCUUCCAUGCUGUUCACCUCUCUCUUCCUCCUACGGAAGGUAGCUGCGCAGCCGAUGAAGAUGAAGACAUGCCUAGGCGUACAGGACUGCACGAAUGUGGCCCUGCUCGUGGCACUCAGCCCCGUUAUGCUGGCGUUCUGGAUUGCUUCCUCGCGCGUUCGAGAGAAUGACCACCACCCAGCUGACAUCUGCUUCGGGUCCUUCAUAGGCUCUGCUUGGGCAAUCUUCUGGUACGUGCGGUACUUCUGCGCGACGGGGAGGUGUGCCGAGUCGUCCAUCGCGCCGUCCAGCGAGGAUACGCACCGGGAUGAUGAGGCUGAUUCAAUCAUGAUUCCUUGA